AUGUCUGCAAAUUUUGCAAACAAGUUAAUAAUUACACCCCCAUUUUAUAUAAAAGAGCCUUCAACAAAAUGUGGCUAUUGUCAUGGUAAGAAAGAUAAUACAUCUGAUUUCAUAUCAAUUGCUGAGGAGAAUCAUAAUAAUUGUACAAUUGGCCUUCAUUCCGAAAAUAUGACGAUAAAGCAAUACGAUACGUUAUGUAAUAAUAAUUUUAGAAGAUCGGGGACGUUUCUCUAUAAAGUAGAUAACUUAAGAAAUUGUUGUCGAUUGAAUACAAUUAGAACCUCCCCUAAUAGUUUUAAACUAACCAAAGAAUUUAAAAAAACCAUAAAGAGAUUUGCAAAGUUUAUCGAAGCUCCGCCAAUUGUAAACACAUCUUUUGAUGAGUUGAUUUGUAAUUUGACAAAUUCAAAGGAUUUUAAUUUUAUUUUCACAAAACCUGAUUUUUCUAAGGAAAAAUUUGAAUUAUUUAAAAGAUUUCAAGAUUCUAUCCAUAACGAUCACGACUCCACAGAAUCUGGAUUUAAACGAUUUUUAUGUGACAAUCCUUUUCAUAAUACACUAUCAUAUUCACAAUUAAAUCAAUUGAAUAAUUGGCAGAAGAAUUCCAAUUUUAAAGUUGCCCCAUAUUUUGGUACAAUACAUGAAUGCUAUUAUUAUAAAGAUAAUCUAAUAGCAUUGGCCGUGCUAGAUAUAAUGCCUUCAGGGAUAUCUUCAGUUUAUUUUAUUUAUGAUCCUGAUUAUAAGCACUAUUCACUGGGGAAGUUAAGUGCUAUUCAUGAAUUAGCUUUAACAAAACGAUUUGGGCUUGAUUGGUAUUAUAUGGGUUAUUAUAUUCAUGAUUGUAUAAAGAUGUGUUAUAAAAGUGCGUAUGGCCAAGCAGAAUUGUUAGAUUUAAAGACACAUGCAUACAUCCCCCUUGAUGAUAUCACAUACAAUGAUAGAAAUAAAUUAUUCACCUACGAGAAAGGGUCUACCAUAAAUCAAGCUCCAAUAUUCUAUAAUAAUUUGAAUGGUACAAUAAUAGCCGAAGCUGAUGAAAGUGCUACUAUCUUGGAAGAAGAAUAUGGAAUACAAUGUCCUCCAGAUGAUGCAUUCAAUGAAGGUGUGCAUAACUCUCUGCCGCGUGUAGUUCCUGGCCUAAUAGACUUGAAGGAUAUGCUCGAAUCACUGGAACGGGAGGAAGAACUAGCACCAAGCUUAAUUUUAUAUGACAGUGAUAAUGGAAGGUUAAGAAUAUAUGGCGGUAUUGAUAGAGAAGGGGAUGAAUUAAAUCUUGUUGCCUUUAAUUUGAAAAGAUUGGGAAUGGAAGACUCGAUUGUGAUUAUAUAA